ACUGAACAGCGAUUUUCUUUACUUGAGAAGAGAAACAGAUCAGCAAUCCCCUGUUGUGUUUUUAUAAACAAUCAUCAUUCAGUCACAGAAAAGUCUCACAAAUAGACAACAGAAAUUGUUAACAAAAUAAUGGAAACUAAUGAUGUUAAAACAUUACAUCAAUGUGUUGUUUGUGAUGAGAUUUUUCAACAAUAUGAUGAUUUAGAAAAUCACAAUAAAAUACAUGUUAAAGAAGAGAAAACUGAUGAUAUAGAUGAAUAUUGUCAUGUUAAAGAAGAGAAAACUGAUGAUGUAGAUGAAUAUUGUCAUGUUAAAGGAGAGAAAACUGAUGAUGUAGAUGAAUAUUGUCAUGUUAAAGAAGAGAAAGUUGAUGAUGUAGAUGGAUAUUGUCAUGUUAAAGAAGAGAAAACUGAUGAUAUAGAUGAAUAUUGUCAUGUUAAAGAAGAGAAAACUGAUGAUGUAGAUGAAUAUUGUCAUGUUAAAGAAAAGAAAACUGAUGAUAUUGAUGAAUAUUGUCAUGUUAAAGAAGAGAAAAUUGAUGAUGUAGAUGAAUAUUGUCAUGUUAAAGAAGAGAAAACUGAUGAUAUAGUUGGAUAUUGGCAUGAUAAAGAAGAGAAAACUGAUGAUGUAGAUGAAUAUUGUCAUGUUAAAGAAGAGAAAACUGAUGAUGUAGAUGGAUAUUGUCAUGUUAAAGAAGAGAAAAUUGAUGAUGUAAAUGAAUAUUGUCAUGUUAAAGAAGAGAAACCUGAUCUUGUGGAUGGCUAUUGUCAAACUGAAGAUGAUACUGAAACUGUUUAUCAGUGUAAUUUGUGUGAUGAAGAAUUUAAUUUAGAAACUGAUUUAGAAAAACACUGUGAAAUACAUGUUAGUCAGCAAGGGCAAACAGGAGAAAAACCUUAUAAAUGUGAUGUUUGUAGUAAAUCAUUCACUUUAAACAGUAAUCUAAAGAUGCACAUCAGAAUUCAUACCGCAGACAAACCCUUUAGUAAAUCAUUUAGUCAGAAUGGUAGAAUGCAAAAUGGAGAAAAAACUUAUAAAUGUGAUGUUUGUGGUAAAUCAUAUUCUAGAGGUUAUGACUUACGAGUACACAUGAGAAUACACACAGGGGAGAACACAUAUAAAUGUGAUGUUUGUAGUAAAUUAUUUACUACUAGAAGCCAUCUAAAGAACCACAUCAGAACUCAUACAGGUGAAAAACCUUAUAAAUGUGAUGUUUGUGGUAAAUCAUUUAGUGAGAAUUUUAGUUUACAGAACCACAGGAGAAUUCAUACUGGAGAAACACCUUAUAAAUGUGAUGUUUGUGGUAAAUCAUUUAAUAGAGGUUAUGACUUACAAGGACAUAUCAGAAUUCACACCGGAGAAAAACCUUAUAGAUGUGAUGUUUGUGGUAAAUCAUUUACUCAUCGUAGUAAUAUACAACAACACAUUAGAAUUCAUGCUGACAAAAAACCUUAUAAAUGUGAUGUUUGUAGUAAAUCAUUUAGUCAGACUGGUCAACUGCAGGACCACAUCAGAAUACAUACUGGUGAAAAACCUUAUAAAUGUGAUGUUUGUAGUAAAUCAUUUAGUCAGAGAGGGAAUCUUAAGAUACAUGUCAGAAUUCAUACAAGACAAAAAACUGUAUAAAUGUGCUGUUUGUAGUAAAUCAGUUACUACCAGCAUUUGCCUUAAAAAAAGAACUGACGACGAUUACGUACAAUCAUAGAUAUGUUACGAUAGAGAAACUCUAUGUUACUUGUACACAGUGACAGGCGAUCUCGUUCAAUCUCGCGUGAGUCUACGGUACCGUACUGUUAAUGUUUACAUCGCGGACAUCCGGUUAGCAGAUUUUAAAGUUAUGGAUAGAUAUUUUGGAGUUAACCAGUUAGAAAUUCGUCAGGAAAAAAUUAAUGAUUUUUUUAUUAUGAUAUUACGCUUUUGAAACAAGGUGCCUGAAUUAAAACGGAACAAUAUAUCGUAACAAAAGCUUUGUCAAAAAUCGGAACCGACCGCUAAAAAUCAGAACCAGACGGGACAAAAAGCGAAAAUCCGCUUUAAAGCGGGAAAAAAUCAUGUCUGCUGUAAUGAAAAUGCUUAUUUGCGUAGUCUCUAUUUUAUUAUUUAUUUAUUUAUUGAUUAUUAACAUUUAUAGAGCGCUAUCUUCCACAAAGCGUGUUCAAAUGCGCUGUACAAUACAAUUCAAUAAAAUAUGUAAUAAAAAUAAAUAUACAUAAUUAUAAGAAAACUAAAUAAAACUAUGAAGUAAAAUACAACAGGCUAGCUUAGAAUAAAAUCUGAUAUCACAAAUGGGUUUAAGGGUAGAACAGAAUUAUAAGUUAAAGGCUUUCUAUAACAAAAAUGUUUUAAGAAGUGACUUAAAAGAGAAUAAAUUGGGGCAGCAUCUUAUAUUAAAUGGUAAAGAAUUCCAUAAUUUGGGCGUCUGGACGGUAAAAUCGUUUGAAUUUGUAUCUAAAUAAACAUUUUACUGCCCUUAUCUUUUGACAUUUACAUGAAAUGAAAUGGGGUUUAACGUCCUACUGUUCUGCUACGACUGGGCUAAUUAAAUUAAAUGAAAGGGUUUUAACGUCCUACUGUUCUGCAGCAUCUUAUAUUAAAAGGUAAAAAAUUCCAUAAUUUCGGUGCCUGGUCGGAAAAAGGUCGAUCUCCAAAAGACAAAAGUCUUGCUGAUUUAUUUACAAGUAAAAAAUGAUCUGCCAAAUAAAUGUGCUUAUGCGCGCUUUACAAAGACAUAUUAUAGAUCAAGACAAGAUAAUAAAGCUCUGGCUGGAUAAUCCAUAUUAAUGGAACACUGUGUAAAAGUCUUUUUAUACGCCCACAUUGAAAUGUAGUCAUAUAUUGUCGUCACCCCUUCCAUCCGUGGACACUCUAGGGACUAAGGUUAAUAUUAGAUUUACUUUAAAUUUAAAUACAGUGGUUCAGUUCAUGAGAUGGAGAAGCCUAUUGAUUUUCAAUGAUUUCCGAUAAUUGCUGUCAGAGUUAUGGCCCCGAUCACUUUGAAAAAUCUUGUGGAUGCUUUAUGACCAUAGUUAUCAUCUGAUUGAUAUUAUAUUUAUACACCAUGUUUACGCCUUGUUUCGAUUGACUUCGGAUUGAUACACAGAGUUUAAGGUUUGAUUUUCAAUGUUUUUUCAUAAUUUGAACAGUUAAAUCCAUGAUAUUAAACUUUUUGUAUACUAAACGUUAGCAUGGGCCAAACAAAUUUCUGAUAAUUAUUUUAAAUAAAUAUGUCUUUAUUUUUAAAAGUU